CACAUGGCUGUUUGUCCUGUGCCGCAGAGGAGCUGUAUGUCUCGGAGCGCGAGGGCAGCGACUGCACUGGUGAUGGGACACAGAAGAAACCCUUCAAGACGGUGUUGAAGGCUUUGAUGACAGCAGGCAAAGAGCCAUUUCCUACGAUUUAUGUGGAUUCCCAAAAAGAAAAUGAGCGAUGGGCCAUCAUUUCCAAGUCACAGAUGAAGAAUGUCAAGAAGCUGUGGCACAGGGAGCAGAUGAAGAAUGAAGCCAAGGAGAAGAAGGAGGCAGAAGAUCUCUUGAGAAGAGAGAAGAACCUGGAGGAAGCCAAGAAAGUUGUUAUCAAGAACGAUCCCAGUCUUCCAGAGCCCAAAUGUGUGAAGAUCGAUGCUCUGGAGGCUUACAGAGGGCAGAGGGUGAAGAUUUUUGGCUGGAUUCACAGGCUGCGCAGGCAAGGGAAAAACCUGAUGUUCAUUGUCUUGCGAGAUGGCACAGGGUUCCUUCAGUGUGUCCUCUCCGAUGAGCUGUGCCAGUGUUACAACGGGCUGGUGCUGUCCACGGAGAGCAGUGUGGCCGUGUACGGCACGCUGAACCUCCUUCCUGAGGGCAAGCAGGCUCCAGGAGGCCACGAGCUGAGCUGUGAUUACUGGGAGCUCAUCGGCCUGGCCCCGGCCGGAGGAGCUGACAACCUGCUCAACGAGGACUCGGAGGUGGAUGUGCAGCUCAACAACAGGCACAUGAUGAUUCGGGGAGAGAACAUGUCCAAAAUCUUCAAGGUGCGCUCCAUGGUCCUGCAGGCCUUCAGGGAUCACUUCUUUGCCAACGGGUACUAUGAGGUCACACCUCCGACCCUGGUGCAGACGCAGGUGGAAGGAGGCUCGACCCUGUUCAAGCUGGAUUAUUUUGGGGAGGAGGCAUACCUGACACAGUCGUCCCAGCUCUACCUGGAGACCUGCCUGCCAGCCCUGGGAGAUGUCUUCUGCGUCGCUCAGUCCUACAGGGCUGAGCAGUCCAGGACCCGCAGGCACUUGGCAGAGUACACUCACGUGGAAGCUGAAUGUCCUUUUAUAAGCUUUGAGGAUCUGUUGGACCGUCUGGAGAACUUGGUUUGUGAUGUUGUGGACAGAGUCCUGAAAUCUCCUGCAGCGAGUUUGCUGUACGACCUCAACCCGGGCUUCCAGCCCCCCAAGCGUCCCUUCCGGCGCAUGAACUACGCCGAGGCCAUCGAGUGGCUGAGGGAACACGAUGUGAAGAAGGAGGAUGGCACUUACUACGAGUUUGGGGAGGAUAUCCCCGAGGCUCCCGAGAGGCUGAUGACAGACACCAUCAAUGAGCCCAUCCUGUUGUGCCGAUUUCCUGCAGAGAUCAAGUCCUUCUACAUGCAGCGAUGCCACGACGACACGCGGCUCACCGAGUCGGUGGAUGUGCUGAUGCCCAAUGUGGGUGAGAUCGUGGGAGGCUCCAUGCGUACGUGGGACAGCGAGGAGCUGCUGGAAGGCUACAAGAGAGAGGGCAUCGAUCCCACGCCCUACUACUGGUACACCGACCAGAGGAAGUACGGCACGUGCCCUCACGGCGGAUACGGCUUGGGGCUGGAGCGGUUCCUGACCUGGAUUCUGAACAGACACCACAUCCGAGAUGUCUGUCUCUACCCACGCUUUGUCCAGCGCUGCAAACCUUAG